AUGCCAGGGCAAUUGAGAAGCUUGCGCUGGCACGACAAGGGAUCACUAGAGCUAACCCGGAGACGCAUGCGGACAAGGACGAGAGCAGCGGCAACUACCACGAGUCGCCGCAAGACCAGAGCGGCUUCAGGCAGGGUGGUGGAUGGGGAAUUGGAUCCCGAGAAGAUCCUCCGCAGACAUGGACGAGCAGCGACACAACGGACCAGAAGAGAACAGCCUGCCCAAGCCCUUCUUCCGCCGGCCACGGUCGAGGCUGGCCAGGCACCAGCGGUAACAAUACCGGAGCCUCGCUCAGGCGUCAAGAGUGUCGGGAACGCCGCCGAGAACACUGCCGACUCUACGAUCAGGCACACCAUCGAGAACCCCUUCGAGGGCAGCUUUGGGCAGAGAACAUCGUCGGAGGAGUCUGGCUUCGGAUACCAAGAUCCCCUGCAGGUCUUCUACAGGCGUGUUGGAUAUCUGCCGCCGCUGAGCGACGCGGCGCUCGACCUUCUGGGGUCUAUCCUGCUAGAUCCUGGGGUCUUUGCUAGGAUGGCCCGCAUGUCUGCCAAUAAGAACCUCAAAGACCCGGCCGAGAAGGCCUACAACGACAAGCUCUGGGCUCUGGACAAGAGCAAGUGCACACUCUCAUCUCAGGAGCCAACAUUUCAGCGGACGAUGCUGAUCUCCAUGAUCGACCGGUACCGGCUGAUUUACGAAAAGGGAGAACAUGGCCCCACGACAAUGCUCGACUUCGCUGCCGAGGGUGUCUGGGGAUGCCCGCCCAUGCCCACAAUGGCCUCGCGGAGGCUGGAGGAUUUCCUUACACAGCCGAAACCUGACCUUGCUGUGGCCUUUCGGCGGCAGAGCCUGUUCCCUGCGGGUACGAACUGGAACAUAUUCCCCACCGCGACGCAGAGGUUGGUAUGUUAUGAGGACAUCAGCCCGCCCAGCGACGACAGAGCUUUCCACUUCCUGACAGUCGAAGCAAAGAAGAGCGAGCUAGACAUCUCCGAUAGCGUUGCCCGCGCUCAAAGCCUCAAUAAUGCGAGCCAGGCUCUGCACAACAUGUAUGAGUUCUUCAGAGAAGCCGACGAUGGGAAGGGGGAGAAGUUUGUGGACCUCUUCUUCGAUAAAGUCCGCUUCUUCUCUGUGGUCGCGACAUCCGAGGGCAUCAAGAUCCGGAUUUACCGGGCCUGUCGCAUUAGCUCCGGUGCAGACAAGAGCGCCGAUGACUACGACCAACAGGGCUUGGAUAAUCCCAUCCGAGAUGACUACCCGCUGAAGUUUCUAUAUAGCGACUACUGGACAGCCCACAGCCCACUCAACCGGCAAGAGGUCAUCACUGUCUUCGCACAGAUCCUGUACGGUUACGGAGUUGGAGAGCUUGCCGGCUAUCUGCGGGAUGCCAUCCUGGAGAUGGACCAGAAGUUCCAGAAGUACGAGAGAAACAUGGGCUUCUUCUUCCAGAGGAGCGAGGCCUAUUACUCCCACGGGCAGCUCCCACCACUCUCGCGCGCAGCCAGCCAGAACCUUCGAGUCCAGUCCCAAGCGGCAACAAGCACCAACGCCAGCACCAGCAGUAUAUAGCUUCAGUUAGUUGGGCCUGCUUUGCCCGUUUCCUGUUUGCAGCUCUUCGAGCUGCGUCUUGUCAACAAACCCGACCCUGCCUGAGGACCUUUCCUGUUACCUGCCUGCUCGACGUUCCCUGCCCGACCUGAGACCGUGACAACCCCAAGCCAUCGUAUUGAUUUUUCCGCCGGUUCCACGUUAAAGUCUCCUGCCUUGACGCUGGGCGAGUCAUCGCCCUUUUUGCGUUCAAAGUGUAUCAGCUCACUCUUUCCUGGGUCGAAUGCGAUGGCGUUUUCCCGUCCCCAUUCUGGGGUGUCUUGGAGGUCCCUUGACAAUGCCCUAGCUGUCUCCUUC